CGGAAGAUGAGGGGAAAGGAGACGUCCGGCUGCAUCGGCGAGGAGUUUCUCUCGGUUUCAUCUGAAGCUGAUCAGCAGGAGGAGAAGAGUCUGACGGAGCAGCGGAGGAACGUUUUGGACUUGGCUCAGCCGCUACAGAGGAAACGAUGAGCUCGGACCAACAGGCACCGAGAAGUCCGCGCCCUCAGGAGGCUGAUGAAGCUCACAGAAAAGAGGACGACAAAAUAUACAGAUGCGAUGAGUGCGGGAAGCCUUUUACUGCAAAGAUUUUCCUAAAAAGACAUCAAAUCAUCCACACCGGGGAGAGUCCGUUCAGGUGUGAGUUUUGUGGGAAGUAUUUUUCCAAGGCUGGAAAUUUGACAAGACACCGACUCAUCCACAGCGGAGUGAAAGCGUUCAGAUGCAACUUGUGUGGAAAGUCUUUUACUCAGAAGAGUGACCUAAAAAAUCAUCAACUCAUCCACAGCGGACUUAAAGCAUACAGCUGUGAUCAGUGCGGGAAGUGUUUUACAAAGAAACAGAGCUUGGAAAAUCAUAAGCUCCUCCACAGCGGAGUGAAACCGUACAGCUGCGAUCAGUGUGGGAGAACCUUUGCUCGCAGGUAUACGUUAAAGAGUCAUCAACUCACCCACUCUGCGGUUAAGGCGUACAGCUGUGACAUGUGUGGAAAAACCUUCAGGCAGAUGGGGACCCUAAAUAAACACCAACGCAUUCACACUGGACAUAAUGUGUACUGCUGUGACCAGUGUGGGAAACGCUUUGUCACAUACUACAACUUACACAUUCACAAAUUUACCCACACUGAGGAGAGACCUUAUAAAUGUGACCUGUGUGAAAAGGCUUAUAAAGAUCCAGAUUACCUGAAAGUGCACCAACAGAUCCACACCAGAAAGUGCACUUACUGUGAGAGUGAACCCAGUGGAUCCGGUCCUGAACCCUGCCAUCACUGCGGAGCUGGGAAAGCGUUUCGAUGUGACGUUUGUGGAAAUACUUUCAAGAAGAAAUCGGGCCUGAAACUGCAUCAGCGCAGGCACACUGGACUCAAACUGAGCUACUGCAGAGAGUGUGGGAAAAGCUUCCCCAUGCCAAGUGCAUUAAAGCGCCAUGAACUGAUCCACAGUGGGGUUAGGAAGCACCUCUGUGACCAGUGCGGGUCAUCCUUCAUCACUGCAAGUGACCUGAAGAAGCAUGAACGAAUCCACACAGGAGAGAAACCAUACAAGUGCAGACAUUGUGAGAAAAGCUUCACGCACUCGAUUAAUCGUUACCGUCACGAAUGUAAACACGUUGAAGUGAACGACAGCAGCAGUCACAGGUCAUUAUAAAGUGUGGACAUGUAUCUCGGGGUCUUGUUCACGAGUGAUGGGAGAAGGGAGCGGGAGAUCGACAGACGGAUCG